AUGUCAAGCACCAAAGCCAAAUUGACCGUCUUGAUCUCGGGAUCGGGGAGUAACCUCCAAGCUCUCAUAGAUGUCUGUGGACAGGCAGCUCUCCCGAAUGCAGAGAUCAUCAGAGUCGUAUCGAACAAGAAAGCCGCCUAUGGAUUAGAAAGAGCACAGAAGGCACAGAUUCCUACCGCCUACCACAACCUCCUCGAGUACAAGAAGCGCUUCCCAGAUGCAAGCGAAUCAAAGAAGUUCGAGCAAGCCAGAAGCGAGUAUGACCGGGACUUGGCCUCUCUGGUUCUGGCCGACAAGCCAGACAUAGUCGUCUGCGCAGGUUGGAUGCAUAUUCUCGCGCCCACUUUCCUGGAACCCUUGAAACAGGCCGGUGUACCGGUCAUCAACCUCCACCCAGCGCUUCCCGGCCAAUUCAAUGGUGCGCACGCUAUCGAUGAAGCAUACAAAGCUUUCCAAGAGGGCAAGAUCGACCAUACUGGUAUCAUGAUCCACUAUGUCAUUCAAGAGGUCGACAUGGGAGAGCCGAUUGUUACCAGAGAGAUCCCUAUCCGUAAGGGCGACUCACAGGACGAACUGGAGCAGAGGAUCCAUGAGAAUGAGUGGGAGUUGAUCGUCCAAGGCACGCGAAAAGCUAUCGACACACUCUGGAAGUCAAGACCAUCAUCAUAG